UUGUUUUACAAUUUAAAAUGUGGCGUUUAUUGCUGGUUGUUUCAAGUGCAAUUUUAAUUGAAAAUGUGAAUGCAGAAUUGAAAUUUGUGUUUGCGACUGCAAGAGGUAUGUCACAUACACCUUGUGAUUAUCCAGGCGGUCCAAAUAUUACAGGCCAGCCUGAGACUUCAAGCGUGUUGACAACGGCAGGUAAAAAUGAGGCAUCAGAAAUUGGCAAAUUAUUAUCUAAACAUUACAAACAAAAUUUGAAAAUUACUGAAUGGGAUUCAAGUAAAAAUUAUUGGACAUUAGCUAGUACUACAAGAAGAUCCCAAGAAGGAGCACUUAUUAUUGGUUCUGGUCUAGAAGGAAAGAAAGAGGCAGAAUGGACACAAGACAAAGGAGAGAAAACCGUAUUUUCUUUAUUUGGUGAAUAUGCUAAAUUCUAUAGUCCAAGAUCUUGUCCAAACUUCAUAGAACAACAGAAAAUGGCAGUAAAAGACUUGUUAACAAAGGGUGCAACAAAUUAUAAAAAUUUAUUUGCAAAAUUAAAAAAAGAAGCGUAUAAAAUAGAUGCAACGAAAGGUCCUCAGAAUGUUUGGCUGGCAUAUGAAACUUUAAAUUUACAAAGCAAGCUCAAUCAAGCUCCAGAAUGGUUUGAAAGUAUGAAAAACGAGCUGAAAAGUUUUUCCGAAGAAUAUUUAUGGAGGGCUCUAACUUCUAAUGAGAAUCUUAGAAAGAUGUCAGGAGGCCGUAUGAUUAACGAUAUAUUGAACGAUAUCGAUAGUAUAAAAGAAGGAAAGGGACAACCGGGUGCUCCUGGAAAAACAGGAAAUAAAUUAUCAGUGCUGACCGUUCCUCAAGCUAUCUUAGCAGCAUUUGUUUCAGCUUUUGCUCCCAAAGGUACAAAAAUUGAAAAUCAGGACCUUGGUCCGUCUAGUUUAUAUCCUGGCCAAGGAGCACUCCACGUUAUUGAACUGCACAAGGAUAACAACCAAUGGAGUGUGAAAGUUCUCUAUAGAAACAAUGACAAAAUGGAACUGAGACCUAUGAAACUUCCAUCAUGCGAUGACAAAUGUCCUUAUGAAACUUUUAAAUCAACUCUACAAUCCUAUGAUAUGAAAAAGCAAGAUCAUGAUAAAUUAUGUAAAAAGCAAUAAAACUGUUGG